UUGUUGACGAUUGAAAACGACAUUGUGUUUCGUCAUAGAGAAAGACCGUUAUUCGAUUUUUCAAAUUUUUGAAUUUCGAACGGUCCAAUCGAAUUAGAAACGAAUACCUUUUCGAUAAUGUUUGACCCAUAUUGGAAUUACCGGUUACAAAUUAGGUUAGGUAUGCGAGCAUAGGUCGACGUCACUAACCGUUUAUUUUCCUUACAGAAAAAUUAUUUGAAAAAUGUGGAGAAACUUGGCGAUCAGUUGUAUAUGUUGCGCAGUUUUAACUCUGGUCUGGGGGAAAGCCUUAUUGAGAUCUAAACGAUGGGAAGAAUUUCCUGACGUGGAAUUCACGUUUGAUUGUAGCAAUCGUCCUAUUGGAUUUUACGCAGAUUUGGAAUUCGAAUGCAAAAUAUUCCACAUGUGUGACGCAUACGGCCGAAGAGUACCUCAUAUAUGCCCCAAUGACACUAUGUUUAAUCAACAAUACAGAGUAUGUGAUUGGAAUCACAAAGUGAAUUGUAAAGAUGCACCAAAUUUUUACCAUCUAAACGAUCUUAUUUACGAAGCACCCCCUCCAAAAGAUGACAGACCAUAGUGUGAUCGUGACACCUAAUUUUGUCCGUCCUGAGUGGGCGCCAUUACAAAUUUCUGUACAAAAUAUGUGAGAAUGUAAAAGACUGUAUGACGUACCGAAAAAAAAAAAUAUAUUAUUAU